UUGUUUUUCCCCACACAGCAGGAUUUCUCCUUCCCAAAGCUUGGCCGAAUAGAGGAGGAGGCUGCGAGGAAGAGGAAGAUGCCCCAGGACCCCCAGGCAGGUCCCGAGCUGAGGACGGAGAGCCCGGAGGACAAAUCCCCCCGGCAGAGCCUGGUGGGAGAGGCAGUUUUGAAGGGCUCCACGGCGCAGGAAGGCAGCGGGGAGGGAAAGCCACGAAGGUACCCCAGGAGGAGGGUCUCCAAAGGCAGCCCAGGGUGCUCUGAGGAGGAAAGACCCACCCUGUGCCAGGAAGGCGACGAGAGCUUGAGCCAGAGCCCUGACCUGGAUGUCCAUGAGCAGCCUCACACCAGGAAAAAGCCCUUCAAGUGCUUGGACUGUUGGAAGAGCUUCAGCCAGAGCUCCCACCUGAUCUGCCACCAGCGCACCCACACCGGGGAACGGCCCUACAUGUGUGGGGAAUGUGGGAAGAGCUUCAUCUGCAGCUCCAACCUGAUCUGCCACCAGCGCACCCACACUGGAGAACGGCCCUACAAGUGCUUGGAAUGCAAGAAGAGGUUUCAGACCAGCGGGAAUCUCCUCCUGCAUGAGCGGACACACACAGGGGAGAGGCCCUUCCUCUGCACCCACUGUGGGAAGGGCUUCAUCCAGAACUCCCACCUCGUCAGGCACCGGCACAUCCACAGCGGGGAGAGGCCCUACAAGUGUGGGGAGUGUGGGAAGAGCUUCAGCCAGAGCUCUGCCUUGACCUCACACCAACGGACCCACCAGUAAGGGAAGCCCUAAAGGUGCCUUGACUGUGGGAAGAGCUUUGUCUGCUGCUCCAACUCCAUCACCCACUGGAGGAGUGAUGUCUUCCCACAUUGGGAAGACACCUGGCUGGUGGUCUCCACAUCCUCCUGGUUCCCCACAGGCACCUGGGUGAACACAGUGGGAGAAACAUCCAUGGGGUCACAAACUGACCUGGAAAAUUCAGUGGGAAGAGCUGAUUUGUUGAAUUUAAAACAAAGACAUUCAACAAAGACAUCUAAAGCCCCACCA